AACCCCAGACACCACGCCCCAUUACAAUCCUGAAUAAGAUAUUCGAAACAUAUAUCUAGGACUAGGGCCGCUAAGCUUCCGGUGCUCAAAUUUCUGAAUAUGCUCUUAUUUUGGAUUCUCUCCUUGGUAGUUGGAAUCAUAGCUUCCGACUCUUCCGACUAUGACUAUAUUAUUGUUGGCGGAGGCACAAGCGGAUUGGCUGUUGCCAACCGGCUGGCCGAAGACCCAAACGUAUCAGUUUUAGUUAUUGAGGCUGGAUCAUCUGUUUUUGAUAAUGUCAAUGUGACCGAUAUCAGCAAUCUUCCGUACACAUAUGACAGCCCCCUUGACUGGGCAUACGAAACUACGGAACAGAGCUUCGGCAAACGCCGCCAGGUGAUGCGCGCGGGGAAAGCGCUCGGAGGAACAAGCGUUAUGAACGGCGCGGCCUACGUCCGAGCAGAAAAAGCGCAGAUUGAUGCCCUGCGUGAGAUUGGAAUUGAAGGUUGGGACUGGGACAACCUCUUUCCCUAUUAUACAAAAAGUGAAAAUAUGACAACCCCCAACCAGACGCAAAUAGAGGCCGGAGCAUCCAUCUGUCCUGCUUACCACGGCACCAGUGGACCGGUGCACGUUGGCUUCAUGGAUAUACGAAAAGAUGAAGGUGACUUGACAGCGAGUAUGAAUCGCACGUUAGAGGCACUGGGUAUUCCAUGGAAUCGGGACUUAAAUUCCGGGCACAUGCGAGGUUUCGCUCUUCAUCCUUAUACGGUUGAUGUGAUGAAUAUUCGCAGUGAUGCGGCUAGAGCAUACUAUUGGCCCUAUGCGGAGAGACCAAAUCUGAGGGUCGAGCUGAAUACCUUUGUCGCCCGGAUCAUAUGGGAUAAUGAGAAGGACAGUGAUAUUCGUGCUCAAGGAGUCGAGAUAUUUACUCAAGAAGGAGGUGGACGACGAAUAAAUGUCGUUAAUGCCCGAAGGGAAGUCAUCAUGGCUGCGGGUGCGAUGCGUACACCUGCAAUUCUAGAGCUUUCUGGUGUCGGAAAUCCGAGAAUACUGGAAAAAUAUGGGAUUCCUGUCCGGGUCAAUCUACCAAGCGUUGGCGAAAACUUGCAAGAUCAACUUAACACCUCUAUUGUGGUGUCUACCAACACUCCGGUAACGGGAACAAGAACGGUUGCUUUUGCUUCGGCAUCGGAUAUCUUCGGAUCAUCAGUACAGUCAGUGGCUGCGUCAGUUCGCUCACAACUGGAUGAAUAUGCCGAUAUUGCGUCCAGUGGAAGCAAUGGUGCUAUGAGAAAAGAGGACUUGCUGAGGAUGUUCGAGAUCCAGCACGACCUUGUAUUCGCCCAGGAUAUUCCAGUUGCUGAGUAUGUCUUUAUAUUGGAGAAUGCCAAUACCAUCCACACUGGCUACUGGGGCCUGCUCCCGUUUGCGCGAGGAAAUGUUCAUAUUAGCUCCGCCGAUCCCAUGGCACCACCGGUUGUAAACCCAAACUUCGGCCUUUUCGAGUGGGACGUCCAGAUACAAAUUGCCAUGUCCAAAUUCCUGCGCCAGAUGUACAAGACGGGCGAGCUCAAAAGUUUGGUCGGCAAUGAAUCUCUUCCUGGUUUCAAGGAGGUUCCGCAGGAUGCCUCGGACGAAGCCUGGACAAAAUGGAUAGGGGAGCAAUAUACGCCCAACUACCAUGUCAUCGGGACGACAUCUAUGUUACCCCGCUCUAUGGGUGGGGUUGUCGACAGUCGAUUGAAGGUCUACGGUACCAGUAAUGUACGCGUAGUUGACUCCUCCAUUCAACCUAUGCAGAUAGGUGGCCAUCCAACGGCUAAUCUCUACGCUAUUGCGGAACGUGUCUCUGAAAUGAUUAAGGAGGAUGCCACUGCAACUACUAAGAUUUGAGCCUGUCCAACGCACUUCAAAAGAGUGGCAGUGUCUCGGUGGGGCGUUCCUCCACAUUUAACGACACUCAAA